AUGAAUGAUGAAGACAUACUGGAUCCUGAGCUGGCUGAAGAAUUAGCCAUCGACUCUGGAAGUGAUGAGGAUGCCGAGGAAGAAUUGACUCUCGAUCAGUUACAGCAGAUGUUGGAAUCAGAUGACGAUUUUAUUGAAGAUGAAGUUAGUGAGGAGCCAUUGACUUGGUCAUCUGAUUUUAACGAAUUUAGAGGGGUCAGGGAGGACUUCAACGAAGAAGCUGGUCCUAAAAUUGAGGGAACAAGUCCUUUAGGCUUGUUUACUCAAAUUUGGGACCAGCCUCUGAUGGAUUCUAUUGUCCACGAAACGAAUCAUUACGCUUGGGAAACAAUAACCGGUUUCUUUGAAACCGGAGACUCCAUGCCAAGUAAAUCUCGCAUGAACGACUGGGUGGAAACUUCGGUUUCCGAACUAUAUAGGCUUAUAGGUGUGAUGAUAUUUAUGUCAAUAUGUGUAAGAAGUAGGUUAGAGGAAUAUUGGAUGACGGGUGUGAUGGGUAUGCCGGAGUUUCGAAAACUGAUGUCAAGGGAUCAUUACGUAAUGCUCUUAAAAUUUUUGCACUUUACUGAUAACAACAACAUACAUGUACAGGGGCGUGAUAAGAAAAUAGCUAAAAUAAAACCUAUUAUAGAUUAUUUAAAUAAAAAAUUCCAGUCCAUUUACGUGCCUCACAGAGAAGUAUCGAUAGACGAAUCGUUGCUGCUUUGGAAGGGUCAUUUAAGCUGGAAACAAUGCAUUCGUUCCAAAGCAGCUCGAUUCGGUAUCAAAAGUUAUGAACUCUGUGAGGCCGUAACUGGAUACGUAGUAAAUUUAAUUUUGUAUGCCGGCAAAGGCACGACAACUGCAGAAACGGUUUACGGGUUUACUACAUCCACUGCCAAAAUAGUCCUUGAGCUUUUCAAGAACUAUUUAGGCAAGGGAUAUACCCUGUUCAUGGACAAUUUUUAUAAUUCUGUUCCUCUGACCCAAUUUCUAAAAAAACAUAAAACUGACGUAGUCGGUACUCUGAACCGUCGCCGAAAAGACACGCCCGUAGAAAUCCAAAAUUUGCAGGAUAAAAGGAUGGCUAGGGGUAGUGUGGUAAGUAGACACUGUGGUGAUGUAUCCGUCAUAGCAUGGAAAGAUGUGAAGCUUGUCACCACUGUAUCUACUUACCACAAAACAGAUAUGGCUCCAGGGCACAGGGCUGGCCAACCCUGCUCCAAACCAGUCGUGGUCCAUGAAUAUAAUAAAUACAUGGGAGGCGUCGAUCUCAAAGAUCAAAAGCUAAGCAUGUAUUUAUUAGAAAGAAAGAGGGGAAUCAAAUGGUAUAUUAAAGUUUUUAGACGUCUUUUAAAUAUAUCUAUUUUAAAUGCAUAUAUUAUAUAUUGUGCUAACAUUGGCCAGCAUAAAAAAAUGACUCACCGCCAAUUUCGUUUCAAGCUUGCUGAAGAGCUCUGCUUAGAAUUCGGACAAAACGUCUCCUCACGUUCGCGCCAGGUCCCCAUCCCCACCUGUAGCAGGCUGAACAGGGAUUUUAAUCAUUUCCCUGUUCAUAAUGAGGUGACCGAGGAGCGAACCAAAAAACAAGAUAAAUUUAAGAGGGGACGUUGUGUUAGAUGCAGGCAAAAAUGUAACAUCGCGUGCAGUCAUUGCACGGUGUAUAUUUGUGUUGGCCAAUGUUGGCUUGAGUAUCAUACUUUAGAAAAUCUAUAGUUUGUAAAUUACUUCUGUAGUUACAUAUAUAUAAAAUAUAUAAUUAAAUAUUAUCUAUUUAUUUAUAUUAGUUAUAUAUUUAUAUAAAAUGUGUGAUGUAGUAGUCAACACACCAGACUGCUACUUCCAGGUCUCGGGUUCGAUCCCCAGUCAGGUCAAGUUGGUAAAUUAU